AUGGAUAUCCGACUCCUACACCCCUCGGACAUCCCGCUGAUCCAGCAUGCCAACCUCGAGAACCUGCCCGAGAACUACUUCCUCAAGUACUACCUAUACCAUGCGCUAUCAUGGCCCCAGCUGAGCUACGUCGCCGUUGACGUCUCGCGGCCCAAGAAAACCCCCUAUGACUAUCCCAAGAUCGUCGGCUACGUCCUGGCCAAGAUGGAGGAGGAGCCCACCGACGGCGUGCAGCACGGCCACAUCACCAGUCUGUCCGUCAUGAGGACGCACCGGCGGCUAGGGAUCGCCGAGAAGCUGAUGCGCCAGAGCCAACAAGCCAUGGUCGAGACCUUCGGCGCGCACUACGUGUCGCUGCACGUCCGCGUCUCCAACCAGGCCGCCAUCCACCUGUACCGCGACACGCUGGGCUUCAAGACGGAGAAGACGGAACAGAAGUACUACGCCGACGGCGAGGACGCCUUCUGCAUGAAGCUCGACCUCAGCUUCAUCCGCGAGCAGCUGCAGGAGGAGGCCGAGGAGGAGCGCGCCGCCGUCGACGAGGGCGAGCCCGUCGGCGAUGUGGGCAAGGCGGCCGACGACAAGGAGGCCAAGGCGAAGGCAGCUGCGGCGGAGAAGGACAAGAAGAGGAAAGUCAAAGUCGGCAGGGGGCUCGGUGUCGGGGAGCUCGUGGAGAGAGUCGAGAGCAAGCAGUCUUGA